AUGGCAUCCCCAGUUGAAGCUCGCGAUAUCGAGAAGAAGAACCCCAUUGUGUCCGAUGACAAUGACCAGUCGGAGACGAAGAGUGAGGUCAUCGGCGACUCGACCCUCGUUGAGGCUGAGGCCCGUUACACGAAGCAAGAGUUUCAUAAACUGAAGAGGAAAGUCGACCGCUACUUGCUUCCUCUCAUGUGGCUUUGUUAUGGCAUCCAACAAGUCGAUAAGACGGCACUUGGUGUCCAGGCUAUCUUCGGUCUGCGACAGGACACCGGUCUGGUGGGCCAACAGUAUUCCUGGUUGACGACAAUCUUCUACAUCACAUACAUGUGUUUCGAAUUCCCCAGCAAUGUUAUCCUCCAGAGAUACAAGAUGGGAAGAAUGCUAUCGUUAUACAUGAUCUGCUGGGGAAUUAUCGUGCUUUGCAUCGGCUUUGCCAAGAACUUCACCCAUCUGAUUGUGCUUCGUGGUCUUCAGGGAGCCUUCGAGUGUUGUAUCAGCCCUGGCUUCAUCCUCUUGGUAGGGACCUGGUACAAGACUCAGGAGCAUGCUUCUCGCUCGCUCGUGUUUCAGAGCGCCAAUGCGGGCUUUGGCGUCAUCGCUAAGCUGAUUAUGUACGGUAUCGGCGUGGCCACGCAGAACAAGGCUGGCGCUGAGCCAUGGCGGUACAUCUCCUACUUUCUUGGGGGACUCACUACGGCUGUAGGAUGCGUCUGCCUUUUGAUACUUGGAACGCCGUCUGAGGUGAUGUGGUUGACUAAAGAAGAGAAGGAAAUGGCAAGUGCUCGCAUCAGGUCCAACAACACCGGCAACGAUCGCACUGCGCUGAAAGGUUGGAAGUGGAAGCAAGUCCGCGAAUGUUUCGUCGAUCCUUGUUUCUGGUUUGCCGGAAUCAAUGCGUUCUUGAGCUCCGUUCCCAACGGAGGCCUUACGACGUUUGGUAGCAUUGUCAUCACCUCCUUCGGCUUCACCAACCUUCAGGCGAUUCUGAUCGACAUCCCACGAUCCGUCUUCUCCGUGAUCAUUUUCAUCGGUGUAGGUCUUACUUGUACCAAGUACUCGAACCUACGUCUCUGGUUCAUGGCCUCCUCGGUUCUCCCGCCUUUCGCAGGUUUCAUGGGCAUGUCUCUACUGGAUAACGAUCCAGCCAUUAAGUGGACUAAAUGGGGUUGCUACUUCAUGACCGUUCCUUUCGUCCUAGGCCUGUUUCUCGCCUGGACGUUGAUUCCCAGCAACACGGCCGGCCGGACAAAGCGUACUAUCACCAGUAGUUUCACUUUCGUGGGAUAUUGUGUCGGCAACAUGGUUGGAAGUCAGAUCUUUGAGGAAAAAGACGCGCCAAAGUACACCCCAGGCACAAUCGGUUGCGCCGUCUGCUUCGGCCUUGAGUUUGCGCUCAUCUUGACUUGGAGAUGGGUCUUGGUGAGGCGGAACAAGAAGAGAGAUGCCGACAUGGCUUCCGAUGGACUUACUGUUGAGGAGAGGGCUCAGAAGGGCAAGGAAUAUGGUGAAGCUGAUUACACGGACUUCGAAAACCCCUACUUAUUGGACGUGAACACUACGGUUGGCGGCGCGGUUGAUGUUAAGAACAGUUUGUGA